AUGCUCGUCUCUCUGACCGUCGGCAAGGUCGAUGCCGGCGUCGCCGUGCUCUUAACCGAAGAUAAGCGUCUCUGGCUGACCCUGGCGCAGAUCGAGUUUCCGUCCAUACUCUUGCCCCCGGACAUCUCCUCGGGCAGCAUAGUCGACAUCGAUGUUGCGCGCAACGUCAAGGCAGAGAACGAUGCUGCCACGGCCUUCUACAAGCUCCAGUCUGAUAUCUUCCGCACAUUUGGCCAGAACACGCCUUCAGCCCCUGUCAUCCGCUGUCGCAAUGCCACUCAGACCUCAGUCGUCCUCGAGUGGGACCCCAUAGACAUUGCGACCGCCGAGCUGCGUAGCCUUACUCUCUAUCGCAACGGCAACAAGGCGGGCACCAUCCCCAAUCCCAAAGAAGUCCACAGCACGAAGCUCAGUGGAUUAGGCGUCGACACCGAAUACGUAUUCCAUUUGGUGCUCAAGACUAGCGCCGGCACUUUCAGCAGCGAGAAGCUUACGGUUCAAACACACAAGAUGACCGACCUGUCUGGCAUCACAAUAACACCCGGCUACAUGCCUGCAGCUCUACGUGAAUCGCUGCAGCGUUCUGUUGAAAGAAUCGGCGCCAAGAUUGCCGACACUGUCCGCAUCGAUACCACACAUUUCGUUUGCACAGAAGGUCGAGGGCCAGCUUGGGAAAAGGCAGUGGAGAACAACAUUCCUGUCGUAGUACCAGACUGGGUCAUAGGAUGCGAGAGAGAUGGCAGGAUUGUGGGUGUUAGGGGCUACUAUCUGAAUGCUGAUCCGCGGUUACGAACGGUCGGCCAAGGUGCUCCAGCACCUCAGCAGCAACAACAGCAGCAGCAGCCGCAACCUCAGCAAGCGCAGCCACAACCACCACAAGUCAGGAGUCCGCUGCAAAGUCCGCGAACAGAAAUCACACCGCCCACUCCCGAGCGACCGACGCGAGAUCGUGAACCAGAUAGUGCGGCACCACCUCCCCCGCCGCCGAAGGACACCGAAAGUGAGCGAAGCAUUUCACCCGCGCCAGAACCGAAGACACAGUCCGAACAAGACGAGCAGAAGGCCAAACCUGAGGAUCUGAAGCCACAGCCCGGGAAAGCGCCCGAGGAGGAAGUAGACUCGGAGGAUGAGGAGCCUGCAGGCGGUGACGUAAAAGCUCUUGAUGCUGGGCUGCCAAGCAGACCGAAGCCCACAGUAGAGGACGAUGAUGACGGGGACGACGGCGCAAGUUUUCAGGAAGUGGCAUUGUGAGCGCAAACGAACAUAGAGUAAUGACAGACUUUGGCAGGCGCAUUGAAUUCGUCCGAGCAACUCAUGAGAUUGGUGCAUGGAAAACAAUAUCGAAGUGCCCCUUGGCUGCUAGUCGCCGCAACAUAGCACUGUACUACACAUUUCUAGAAGCGCAGUCCGUCAACACCACCGAGUCAACCACUCACGCCGACCUAUAUACGACGCCGGUAAAACAGCGACUCCUUCUCUCCCAUCCUAUC